CAUGGGCUGCACUCUGUUACGUUUCUUUAUCUUGGGAAUAUCCGGACAUUCCAAGGCACUCCUGGCCUUUGAAACUUCAACUCAUUAGUUAAUAAAAUUAACUCAUUAACUCUGUGAGUCCUUUCUGGCUCUCUGGUUUUAUGUGGUUAACUCCUUGAGUCCCUUUUAAUGGGCUCCACUGGCCUUAUUCUCCCUCCACCCGCUCAAAUCCUGUCUUUCUGCCUAACACCAGGGUUGCAGUUGCAGGAAAUUGGCCCUGCAAAGGAGGUGAGGAAGUUCCAGGACCACCCACUGCAAACGUUGAAUGGCCCUACAGGGCUUCUGCCCUUUGCAGGAGGAUUAGCUGGAGUGGAAUGAAAACGACCCCAGGGGUUUGGGAGGGGCAGCUCAUUCCUUCCUGGACUGGCCUCUGGGCUCAGAGGGCGGCCGCCGCACCCCGGGGACUCCGAAGCCUCUCCUCUCUCAGCCCCUUCCCUGGAUACGGGGACGUGGUUUGGGCCACUGCAGACCGCUCAGCCCUUUCAAACAUCUGUGCCGCAAGAGCCCUUGGCGUCUCGUUUCCCAUUACCACCCCUCCUGCCCCAUUGACAAAAGUAGACACUGAGGUCCCAGAAAGAGUUAGGGCCUGGCAGCGAACCACCCCCAGGUCAGAGUUCCAGUCCCCCAGUGCCUUUCGCACCUUGACACCUGCAGCCUGAACCGUGGAAAGGAAAGCGGGCGCUGAUUGGCCCAAGGUUCUCGGAGCCAUCCAAUGGGCGCGGGAGGGACGGGUCCGGGCACGGGUCCUUGGCUGCGCGCGCGCCGCUUUGGGCUCCGCGUCUUGGCGGUUCCUACCCGCAAUCCUCGUCGCGGUCCUGUUCACCGGGUCUCACCGCCAUGGGCCUGGAGCUGUACCUGGACCUGCUGUCCCAGCCCUGCCGCGCCGUCUACAUCUUCGCCAAGAAGAACGGCAUCCCUUUCGAGCUGCGCACGGUGGAGCUGCUCAAAGGCCAGCACCACAGCGAUGCCUUUGCCCAGGUGAACCCCCUGAGGAAGGUGCCAGCCUUGAAGGACGGGGACUUCACCUUGGCUGAGAGUGUGGCCAUCCUGCUCUAUCUGAGCCGCAAGUAUGAGGCCCCCGACCACUGGUACCCACAGGACCUGCAGGCCAGUGCCCGUGUGGACGAGUACCUGGCUUGGCAGCACACGACGCUGCGGAAUUGCUGCACCCGAGCCAUGUGGCAGAAGCUGAUGUUCCCUGUGUUCCUGGGUGAACGGGUGCCCCCCAAGACACUGGCAUCUACUUUGGCUGAGCUGGACAGGUGUCUGCAGCUGCUUGAGGACAAAUUUCUGAAGGACCAGGACUUCCUUGCUGGGUCCCACAUCUCAGUGGCUGACUUGGUGGCCAUCACAGAGCUGAUGCAUCCUGUCAGUGCUGGCUGCCAAGUCUUCAAAAGCAGACCCAAACUGGCUGCAUGGUGCCAGCGUGUGGAGGCCGCAGUGGGAGAGGACCUCUUUCAGGAGGCCCAUGCAGCUGUCAUGAAGGCCAAGGACCUGCCUCCAGCAGACAGUGCUGUGAAGGAGAAGCUGAAGCCCUUGGUACAGGUUUUGUUGCAGUGAGUUGCAGGGUGGGGCCUGCAGAGCCACUGACAAUGGAGACUCUAUUGUCAGAAUAAAGAGAUGGAGCUGCCUCUCCUUGGCUGUGAGCAAGACACCCUGCACUGGCCCUGGCCUACAGUUUCCUCCAUGCAUUAGCCCUGCAUUAGCCUUCUCUCAUCUGCUUAUUUCACCCCUUCCCCUUCUACUCUGAUUUCCAUGUGACCUCUGUAAAGAGCUUUAGUAAACACAAAUUUGACCAGU